AUGAUCUUAAUUAGAAAAGUGAGCCGAAGCAGGAAGACAGUCUGUCUCCUGGCUUUGAAAUUAUCGUACCCCUAUCAGUAUGCUUGGAGAGAUUUUAAUGAACGCUGUGCCCAGUGUUCGGAAGUGAACUGGGGUCUCACUGAUGGAGGCAGAUUUUAUUGCAGAUCUUGCCACAAUGUUACUGAGAGAACUAGAGAAGUUGUAAACACUGAUUUUAUUUCUAAUACAAGAAUCCAGACAAUCUCCAAAGGUUUAAGAAAGCAGGAAAAAACUGAUGGAGGCUGUGAAUGGUAUGUUUGUGAAGGCUUUCAGCUUGUGCUCAAGAAACAAGCUGAAGCUUUGGAAGCAUUAGGAGUAUGUCCACAGAUGAAGGAUGAAAUUCUGUGCAAUUUUUGGAGGCGUUAUCUUCAGAAGAGCAAACAGGCAUAUUGCAACAGACCAGCUGGGGAAACUGUCAAAGCAUUAUCAGUGUGCGAUAGCAGUACUGAUGUGGACAGCGAACCAGAGAGACCUAGCCUUCUUCACUUGUCUCUCUCUGAGAGUGAGGGGGAUCUACAGACUGAUUGCAGCUUUGCCUCAUCAACUAGCAGGGUCUCAGAAAGCACCUCUGUGUGCUCUGGAUCGGUAGAUGGUAGCUUGUAUUUAAUGAAGAACCAAAGGGAGAAACUGAGGAUGACGAUGCCAAUGACCCUUUCAUUUUGUUAUAUGGCAUUACUCUGGUUGAGAGAACCAAUGACGUUAUCUGAUCUCUUAAGUGUAAGGAUGUGGUUCCAGCAUCAGUUUAAGCUGAUCCGAGUUUCUGUUGCUGUGGUCCUGCAUAAACGUUCCUGCUCUUUCUCCUGCCCUGGGUUUGUUGUUGAAGGCCAUAUUCCAUAUUUGAAUGUUUUUCAGCAUUUUCCAGAGAAGAUGAAAUUAUGUGGACUUGAUCUUAAGAUCUUUUGUGUAGAGUCGUGGCCUGUAUAUGAAGAAGUAUACAAUAAAAUGCUUGAGCUUGCAGCGUUUUUAGACCUGCCUCGUUUUCCAGAUAUAACAGACAGCUGCUUUCUUCAUCCAGACAUGUUGUGCAUGAAGUACUUGAUGGAAGCUAAUUUACCUGAUGAAUUGCAUAAUUGGACUUGUCGAGUGGUGAAAAAGAUCUGUAUUGGAGAAGCGGAUUUCCUGACUCUUGUGCCUGGAAAUAAGUCAACAAGAAACGUGAAAUACGAUGUUCUUGCUGCAGCAGUUAUUGUAGUUGUGCUCAAAUUAUUGUUUUUAUUAGAUGAUCACUAUGAAUGGUUACUUUCAGACUUUGCUGAAGAAAGCAAUAAAAAUAACAAAGAAGGUCGUCCGUAUUUUGAGUUCAAAAAGUGGUACAAGGUUAUAAAAUGUUCCUUGGAUGUGGAGCAAAAGAAAUUGGAUGAAGAAAGAGCCAAGUAUCUGUGGAGAUGUGAAAAGCCACUGUUUUAUUCAGCCAAGAAGAAAUCGAAAGUUCUUAAGAGAAGACAAAUGGUUGUGAACUUACAAAAUCAGUUUGGCAAGCUGUCUGGUUCAGUGCAACCUGCUGAAAAGCCAAAACCUUCAAGUUUUCAGUUAAGUUGGUCUGAAGAAAACACAGAUGGGAGUUGUUUUCAUGGGCAUAGCCUGAAGGGAAUUUUGCAAGAAAAAUGUGGUUUACUUACAGCCAUGAAUCCUGCCUAUUGGCUGUGUACAGUUAAACUAUGUACUGAGAAAUUGUGUGGUCAUCUGGCUCAUUACAGAGAAGUGGACUUUCCCCAGAGUUACCAUUUUGUACUAAGGUUAUUCUCCUUUCUUCUGAGGAUACAGCCCUCUUAUAUCCAUGACGAGGUGUGUGUGAUAGAACACAAACUUUUUAAUAAAAAACUCUGUAAAAAGUCAAAAUACAACACAGGCCUAAGGAAGUAAAAAGGCCUAAAAAUAACAGUAUUAAACCCAUGUAAAUUAGUUGGUUGGAUCCCUUACCAUUGUAUUGCAUCUAAACUUAUACUGAUCCUUUUGCCUGCAUGGAAAUUUUUUGUUAAGAUAGUAGUGCCGAGAUCUACUACUGUACUUUAGCUGUAGUGUCAUUUUAUCUAUAAUUUAAGUCACUGGUUUCCAGCUGGGAAGGUUACCAAGGACACUGUUUAUCACAAUUUAUUUCCUCACUUUGCAUCAGAGCCAACAGGAAGCUAUGAAAUUACCAUUUUUUUGGCAUAAUCGUACAUACUGUGAGUGUACUGGACAGCACGUUAACGUCUAAUUACAUUGUGAGAUUUUUGCAAUUAAAAUAUUAUCUAUUUUUUUACCUAGUGUUUUAGGACAGCAAAUAUAUUUCUAGAAAGUAAUGUUUACUUUGUUUUGAAAUAGUGUGUUAACAAAUAAAAGGACAGUUGGUUGA